AUGGUACUGAGCAUGCUGCCUUCAGUAUAUUACUCUCAUACGUACGGCAGAGCUUCCCCAUCAGCUGGCUUGAUGGAUCCUCAGGACCUGGCAGUGACCGUGACCGAAGACCGGCAUCGCAGCGCUAUCGCGCGCCUCCUCGGUCGGAAUCGCACCCCCUCACUCCGCUUCUUCACGGCUCGCGUGAACUCCCAGAAUCUGGCCGCCAUCGCGCGGGCUAUGAACAGCCACCGAGCCAUGUCGCCCAGUCAUCUGGACGAAGCACAAGCUAGCGAUGACCCUAGCGACUUUCCGGGCCACAAUCCUGUUGGAGAACGCUCGCAAAGGGCGACUAGCGAGGCCAGUGGUGAGGCUCAGGCCAGUCCUGUGGUCACCAUUGUGCCGUAUCCUCCCGCCGACUCUGUCUCGAGGUCGGAUACCGCUCCUUACACUGCUCCGUACACUCAAGCCGGCAUCAAUGACGCACCUACCAUCGCUUCUGAAAGCGAUACCGAAUCGCACAGUUUCCCUUCUGGAUCUGGCGAGAGCUCGACGCCGACUUUGACGGCGAGCUCCCCGCUUUCGACCAUCUCCAUCAUUCGCCACUCGCGGCUUACGCAACCGCUGCAGUCUCCCGCUACUCAGGCAGCUAGGUUGCGCGGGUAUCUCGAGGAUCCGGGUCCGAGUACUGCUCGCUCACGGCCUCAUGCGGCCGGCGGUGGUCAUCGGCUCUCGAAUGCCACGGCCGACCCGACGGAUACACCUGUCGGGCAGCAGCGGCUGGACUCAAUCUCUGAGGUCAACGCUUCUUCGCAGGAGGCAGCCUCGCAACCUCCUUCUCCCGCCGAACCCGCAUCUUCUGCACACGACUCCGAGUCCAGCGAUGCCGAUCCCGCGGCCGCUCAGGCUGCGAACCAGCAUGGCCACGAAGACGACCUGACAUACCUUUCUUUCGAGGUCCAGAAGGUCAACAAAGGUCCUUUCGUUGACCACAGGCUUUCAAUUCGUGUUGGGAAGCGGUAUCAGCUGGGUGACCUUCGAUCUGCACCAUUCACCCAAAGGCUCGAUGAGGUUUUCGAGGUCUGCGAGGCUUCGCAGUUCGCCUUUACCGAACUGUUCUUGGACGUCCUCGAGUCCACGGUCAGGGGCGGCGGACUCAAUGGGAGGGAUGCGUUCAUUCAGAUCCUUCUUCGCCUAGUUCCGCACUUACGGAACUUGCAUCACGCGUCCGUCAAGUUCUAUCACGACGAGAGCGCGUAUGCACUCGGUGAUGCUUCCGCGCAAGAGCUGCAGUCUGUCUUACUUGCUUUCCCAAGGUUGCGCCAUCUUCAGCUUGAGGGCAACACUACACUCACGCGCCUGCGAACAUUCCCUCUCAGGCAGUUGCGCAAGCUCGAAGUUCUCACGGAAGUGAGCGAGAGUAUCGUUGAGGGAUUAGCAUUGUCUUGUCGCAAGUUGGAUACCCUCAUAGCUGGGCCUGUGGUCCCAGAUACCACCGGCCAGGAUUUCCCGGAGACGUCUGCAAACACGCCCGCCCACGGGCAGGCUGGUUUUCCAUCUUUCCUGAGGAUCUUCUCUGCACAUCCAUGCGAGAAGCUCUUGGCUACUGCGUCACGCGGUUCAGUCGAGGUCGACUUCACGCUCACCAACGCACAAUACUUGCCUGAUGUUCGGGAAUCCCUCGGUAAAAACCCUGCAUCGGUUAUACGGAUUGUAUGA